GAGCUUCAUUUCCGGCGAGAUCACUCACUGCGCGCGCCCCCACCUCGCCUCGCCGCGCCACUCAUAUUCUAGAAGGAGAGGUCGAAAAACCACAUGUGAAGUGUAUAAUCGUGCUUAUUCUGAAUUACUUGUGCUUAAAUCGAGGGAACUGAUUUAGUUGUUUGUUUUGUAAUAUUAAAGAAAUGGUGGGCUCGCGGGUUUAUGUUGGUGGUCUGCCGUUCGGCGUUCGAGAUCGGGAUCUCGAAAAAUUCUUCAAAGGCUUCGGCAGGAUAAGAGAUAUUUUGAUCAAGAAUGGAUACGGAUUUGUUGAAUUUGAAGAUCAUCGAGAUGCAGAUGAUGCUGUCUAUGAAUUGAAUGGCAAAGAAUUGCUAGGAGAAAGGGUGUCGGUGGAGAGGGCGCGCGGCAUGCCGCGUGGCUCCGACCGUUGGCGCUGUCGGGACCUGCCGCCGCCGCUGCCGCGACGCCCGCCGCCGAGACGCGACCCGGACUACAAUUAUAGAUACGGCCCGCCGACGCGUACGGAGUAUCGACUUAUCGUCGAAAAUCUGUCUAGCCGCAUAAGCUGGCAGGAUCUUAAAGACUACAUGCGCCAGGCUGGAGAAGUUACGUAUGCUGACGCACAUAAGCAGCACAGGAACGAAGGCGUGGUGGAGUUUGCGACACACGCGGACAUGCGCGCCGCUAUCGAGAAGCUGGACGGCACGGAGCUGAAUGGCCGGCGCAUCCGCCUGGUGGAGGACCGCCGCUCGUCGCGCCGCCGCACACGCUCCUCGUCGAGCCGUUCUCGCAGCCGCUCGCGUGACCGCCGUCGCAGCCGCAGCAGGUCCCGAUCUCGCCGUUCCUCGCGCAGCCGCUCACGCUCCAAGUCGCGCCCUAAGAGCAAGAGUCCGGCGGCCAAGUCCCGCUCUCGAUCGCGCUCUAAGGAUCGCAGUCGCUCCAAGUCCCGGUCCCGGUCAGCGUCUCGCCGCUCGGGCAGAGAGUCGGAGCCCCGCAAGUCCGCCGACCGCAAUGGACACCGCUCGCCUUCUCGCUCUAAGUCCCGCUCCCCAUCUAAAGAUAACAAGGAACGGUCACGUUCGCGUAGCAAGGAGGCGUCUCCGAAGCGUGACGAAAAGCGUGGAGAGAGCAAGUCCCGCUCCCGGUCGCGCUCGCGCUCGCGCGGCUCCGGCGGCCGCUCUGGAGGCCGCUCCGCGUCCCGCGACCGCUCCGGCUCCCGCUCGCGUUCCCGCUCGCCACGACAAAAUGGCGACACUCAUGAUCGCACUCCACGCAGUGGUGAUUGAUUGUAUUUACACUUGAAACGUAUAUUUUUGUGCUUAGUUCAUAAGACGCGAGAAUGUCCCGGAUCGUCUCACAUUGAUAGUAAUCAAUUUUCAAUUUUUAAAUAAGAGACAUUUUGUUUUCUUCAUGUAAACUUACUCUACAUUAGCCAUCCACGCGUCGACUUGCUCACGAUUCGAGUAUGAUAAAAUACAAAUACGGCUCGCUCAGAAGUUUCCACCAUAUAUUUUCGGUCUCAAUCCAGUCGAACGGGACCAGUCCUGCGCGACUUGCAUUGCGUGACUAAAGUAUCAUACGCGUAACGUACCAGUUUGCUACUGCUCUUAUUACGAGCUGCGAAUUUCAGAUCAACGCUUGUCCAUGUAUUGGAUUGAGCAUACGCAACAUCGAGUAUCAGUCGCAUAUGAAACAAGUCCAAGUCGAGGCGACGCGUGGAAGAAUGCCCUAAGCAAAUCAAGCAAAUCGUUUAUCAGUUUAUCUUAAUAUCCUUGACCAGCAACAACAUUUAACAAUUACAUUUGUUUGACAUUAAGGCAAUCAUGAACGCAGUUGUAUCUACCUUUUGGGUAACAUUAAGAUGGAAAGUAUUUGCCACAUGGCAGGUCGGCACGCACAUACGGAAUAUCGGCGCUGCGGCGCAUCGUUAUGAUUCUAUAAUAUUUUAAAUUUUAGGUCUUUGAACAUUCGUUUUAAAAUAAUGCAGUAUGCGGCGAAGAAGCAUAUUGAUUUUUAUAAAUUAAGUAAGUACCGAUCAUACUUCUUUCAAAUGAGUUCGCCCAGUCGUUCUGUAAGUGUGCGCUGACCAUCUAUACCAUAUUUCAAUGGUAGGUAUAUAUGUACGUGAUUUUUUCUAUAAACUUAGUAUGCAUUUAUGUAUGAGCGGUGACUUUCGAUACUACUUUAAGGAUUUAGCGUUUUAGUUCUAAUUAGUAAAUAAGUACACUUUAUUUGAAUGUUUCUACGGUGAGUUGCAACAACUUUAGUGACCAACCAUCUACCCUGGUGUCAGGCUUACUAUUGAGCCGCCAAAGGCCAAGGUGACAUGGCUCAUGUAAUGACUUCAUAUUUAAGAAAAAUGUAGCCGGGACCUGCCGGGGUUUGUUUGCAUGUACAUUCAAUAAUUACUUGACAUGUUUCAACAUUUGGAUUCCCUCUAGUUCCGUGGUUCAUAAUCCUAGUAUACAGUUACACCUACACUAAAUUGAAGUAAUAGAGUCAAUAAAGCAAAAGCUUCCUAACUUCUUAUUUACCGAUUCCGCGUUUGAUGUGUAUUUUUUUCUUAUUUAUAUCAGAAAAACUGGGGCAAAUAAAUAUUUCAAUCAUGAAAAAUAAAUUUCUUUUUUAAUGAAGUGUACAGAACCAGAAUUUUAAUGCCUUACGACUUCCGAUUAGUAUCCUUAAACCGUUUUACGGGAUAUUAAAUAUAAAGUAACAAUUCUCCAGAUAGGUAGUAAACAUAUAAAUACGGGUAUGUAAUGUUUUAUUUCAACGUAUUUAUUGCAUGUAACGUUUGGCACGAAAAGUUAGCUAUGCUAGAAUAAGAUAAUAAUUCUCAAAAAACAAAUUGGAUUGAUGGAGGAUUAGCAUAAUUUUUUUUAAUGUCUUAUCAUCUCAAACAAAACCAAAAAGUCUUGACUUUCCCUGGCAAAUAAGAAAUGAAAUCCUUUAUUGACUCGAAUAAAGGUGGUUCUUAAUUUUCAUUUGGAAUGGUAUGGAUUCAGUAAAGCAAUUGUUAUAUCAUUAACUAAUAUCAUCCAAUUAAUUUUAUUACUCAAAAGUAAACGUCAACGGACAGUUUUAUAUUAGAGAAUAAAGUUUAGCUAACACAACGCAUAGCUAUGAUUAUGAUCAUCAGCGGAACUAGGGAGAAAACAUAAUUCAAAUCGGUAAAAAACAUUUUUACGUUUUUAAUAUACAAUAGAUGUUAGAAUAUUUAGCUGUGGAAUUUAGUGGUGAAUAAUUGUAAGCAUACUUACUAAUAUUACGAAAUUUCACAUUUUUGCAAAUAUUUUAUGUUGUACUCUACCGCAACGCCUCUUGGUUUUACUGCGGACCGACCUAUCGUAGUUUAAUGUACGACAAACGUACGAUGUACCUGUUACGAUGAAUUAUGUACGUGCAGCAUUUUAAAAGGUGAUUAGUAUUUUCCAGCACGCAGGAGAGUAUACUCUACAGCAAAGUUACUAAGAAUCCUUAUUUACAGAUACAAUAUAAUGCUGACUUUAGGUUUUGUUGAUAUACGAACAUUAAUUAGUAGUACGUAACAAGGCCAAAUAUCAAUAUUUAUCUGUUAGGAUUCUUGUAGCGGUGCUGCUCUUUUGUAGCAUUCUAGAAAAUGCUAAUUUUCUUCAAAAUUACUGCACGUAAACUUCGAAAUGUCGGACCGCGGUUCAAAGCGGACGUUGCGGCAGAAUGCAACGUAAUAUUUUAUCGUAGAAGUACACACAUGACAUAAACAUAUUUUCGACUCAUCACAUCAAAGGUGACGUUCUUAUUUGGGAUUUUGUAAAUACUGAUUGUUAUGUAUUAGUACCAAAUAACAAUAAAAUGUGAGGUAUA